GCGGCUGUCUCCAGUGCCAUCAAGCGUCAAACCCUCGAAAUCCUAUUGGAGUGGGUUAGUCGGCCAAAAGAAUUGGCUUAGAGGGCAAGUGUUCGUUGGGAAAUUCAGUACGCCCGCUCCCUUCACAGGAAGCAGGUGGGGGCAAAAGAGAAAGUCUUUAGAACUUGAUAGGAUCGCCCGCCCCGCCCCUCAGCGACGUCCGGCUUACGGUUGUUUUACGACAGUGCGAUCGCAUGCUUGCUUUCCGGCAGCGUGGUCUGACGUUAGCUCAAUUUCCGACGGCGUAGCUCUGGCUGCUACCUGCUGUGGGCUUCAAAGGUUCGAGUCCCACUAUGGGAAUGAGCCUUUUCGACCUCUUUCGGGGCUUUUUCGGCUUUUCUGGACCUCGGAGAAGGUCAACAUUCAACACUCAGCCCCCGACAGUAACCAGGGCGGUCGUUAAAAGAACAGACAGCCGCUUAAGCCUUUCUCCAAUCUAGGCCACAGAGAUCCCUUUUUUGGAGGAAUGACUCGCGAUGAAGACGAAGAUGAUGAGGAAGAGGAAGAAGAAGGAGUCACGUGGGGCCGUGGGAACUCGAGGUUUGAGGGUCCCCAGUCCCCCGAGGAAUUUAGCUUUGGCUUCAGCUUCAGCCCAGGAGGAGGAAUGCGUUUCCACGAUAACUUCGGCUUUGAUGACCUAGUACGGGAUUUCAAUAACAUCUUCAGCGAGAUGGGGGCCUGGACCUUGCCUUCCCGCCCUCCUGAACUUCCAGGUCCUGAGUCAGAGACACCUGGUGAGAGACGGCAGGAAGGACAGACGCUUCGGGACUCAAUGCUUAAGUAUCCAGAUAGUCACCAGCCCAAGAUCUUUGGUGGGGGCUUGGAGAGUGAUGCAAGAUCUGAAUCCUCCAAACCAGCACCAGACUGGGGCCCCCGGAGACCUUUUCAUAGGUUUGAUGAUACGUGGCCUGUGACCCCCCACUCUAGAGCCAGAGAAGACAAUGAUCUUGAUUCCCAGGUUUCUCAGGAGGGUCUUGGCCCGGUUCUGCAGCCCCAACCCAAAUCCUAUUUCAAGAGUGUCUCUGUGACCAAGAUCACUAAGCCAGAUGGGACUGUAGAGGAGCGCCGGACUGUGGUGGACAGUGAGGGCCGGAAAGAGACCACGGUAACCCGUCAGGAGGCAGGCAACAGUCCUAGAGAUGGUCCAGAAUCACCAGCACCUCCAUCCUUGGAUGAUUCCUCUUCCAUCCUGGAUUUGUUCCUAGGACGUUGGUUCCGGUCCCGGUAGCCUUGUUAAUUAAUCUCAGAGGCCUUUAGAUUCUUUCCACCCCCCACCCCUUCUCGGUAUUAGUGGGCUUAGUUGUCUUCCUGCCACCUCAGGACCUUGGGCGUGUGGAACAGUGAACUGAAGGUCUGUCAGUUUGUCAGUCACCCAAACUGACCAAUAAAACCUUUAUUUAUGCUAA